AUGCGACUUCAAAUUGUACUUCACCCUCAAUUACGCACAACUCUACCAGAGUGUGCCCAGCGCAGUCUUCGGAGGAACGUCUGGGUCCGGUUCAAGUCACAGAUCCCUCGGCCAUCGCAGAAGCAUCUUUCGCCAUUACCCAAGUCGAAGGAAACCCUCCCAGCUACGCGUUCUCCAGUAACAAGGACGCUCACACCGCCAAAGACAACCACCAGGACAGGUACCGUGAACCCUCCCUUGUACUACGGAGGAACGGGUAGAGCUAUCUUUCUGGGGACGCUACGAAUCACCACGGUGCUCCUAUUUGGUGCAGCAUGUCUACUCGUUGCACCAGCAUGCUCCGUGGCUGACGAUUACCCCUGGUAUAGCACACCUGCGGUGAUUGCCGCUGGUGCCCUCCCGAUGAUAUUUGUCUCCUAUACUGCGGCGCCAUAUGUAAAUUUCAUCCAUCUGGCGUUGCCGGCCUUUGCGAGGAAGUCCCGUGAAGCUGCCGUCCAGUAUGCAAAAGACCUGCCUCCGACGGCCGUGCUGUAUCUCACCAGCAUGCGAUUCAACACCAUUCCUCGGCAAACAGCUGUUCGUAUAGGAGAUCUCGUUCCAUUUAAAGAGACCUUGCGGCCCGUCACAUUCCAGAAUCUGAAUCCGUCGCCGCAACGAUGGUGGCAGGGCAGAGCUCCGACCCAGUUCUAUACUGGAACUCACAGCAAACCCGGGAGACAAACAUCGGCUUUCUACCCAGAAUUGUGGAAUGGAAUCUACGAGAAAAUUCAGAAAGCAAAGUCGCAGCCUCGUUGA